AUGGUGAUCUCUCUCUACCUCGGCUAUUUUCUUGCUCGAUGGGGUGCAAGAACAUGGGAAUUCUCUGUUGCUCUGUAUAUGAUUUACCUCUGGCCAAACUCUCUGUUUCUCACUGCGGUCUACGGAGCUGUAGAAUCCGGUUCCACUGCCAUUUUCGGUCCUAUUGUAGGCCAAAUGAUUGAUGGAAUGAGCUAUGUUAAAGUUCUUAGACUCUGGCUUGUAACUCAAAACAUCUCCUUUAUUGUUGCUGGUGGUUCAGUCAUUGCUUUGCUACUAGUUCCUGAUCUUAAGUCUCAGAAUUUGCCGGUUUUCGCAACGUUAGUCGUGUUAACGAAUCUUUCUGGUGCCAUUGGAGUACUCUCUACUCUUGCAGGCACCAUUUUAAUCGAACGAGACUGGGUUGUGGUUAUGUCGGAAGGUCAUUCGCCUACGGUUUUAACAAGAAUGAAUUCUGUUAUUAGAAGCAUUGACUUGAGCUCGAAGCUUCUGUCUCCGGUUAUCACUGGUUUGAUCAUUAGCUUUGUUUCUUUAAGAGCAUCAGCGAUCACAUUCGCGGUUUGGGCUACUAUAACCAUGUGGAUCGAACAUUUUCUCUUUAUCUCUGUUUAUAACGGUGUUCCUGCGAUAGUAAAAAGCGAUGAGAGAAGGAGUUUAAGGUUGUCUCAAAGACAAGAAGAAGAGAGAGAUGUUGCAUCUAGCUAUCAUGUUCCUUUUUUACAAGAAACAACCGAAGAUGAGUCUCAUGGGAACACGCAAAGUAGAAGCGGAAUCAUGAGGAUUCUUGAGAGAGUCUCUGAGUCUUCUUUUGUUAGCGCGUGGCGGAACUAUCUCAAUCAAGAAAUUAUGCUACCUGGAGUUGCUUUAGCUCUAUUGUUCUUCACUGUCCUCAGUUUUCUUUUGAGACAGUUUUGGAACACUGAUGACGGCGACAUUGGAGUGGAAAGGUGUACCUACUUUUAUCAUUGGUUUAGGCAGAGGAAUCAGCGCCGGUUUUGGACUAGCUGCUACAGUCGUGUACCCUCUCAUGCAAUCUCGUCUCUCACCGCUCAGAACCGGACUCUGUGGACCUGUCUUUUGGUCUGUGUUGGAUCGAUUUGGAUUGAAAAAGAGAAAAUAGCAUCAUACAUGCUCAUGGCUGGAGUUGCUACCUCUAGGCUUGGCUUGUGGAUGUUCGAUCUAGCGGUAAUUCAACAAAUGCAGGAUCUUGUUCCCGAAUCGGACCGUUGUGUGGUUGGAGGUGUACAGAACUCGUUGCAAGCGGCCCUUGACUUGAUGGCUAAUCUCUUAGGUAUCAUUGUAUCUAAUCCUGAGGAUUUUUGGAUAUUGACGUUGAUCUCAUUUGCGACUGUUUCGUUAGCCGGAUUACUCUAUACCGUACAUCUCUAUCGUAUCCGAAAACAUAUAUUUCACUUGGAGAAGAUUCCUCUAUUGAACAAUUUUUUUGCUUCAUAA